AUGGAGGAGGCAAGUGACUCAGCAAAUGUUGCGGAGGGCACCGUCGGUCUGUCAGCGCCUAGAUUCACAGGACCACCGUCACAUUUAUGCACCGAGGACGUACCAGCGGCUGAUCCUUUGCAUGUUACCAAUAGCGGGGUAUACACAUGUGUUCAGUCCUCGACGGCUGAUUGUUCCGACGCCGACUUCGCUAUGGCUGCUAACCGGCUGAUAAAUGCCACACUUGGCCGCAUACCAGAUGGAAACUCAGUCGUCGAGCCUGAUUCAGUGCUGGAAUCGGGGCGAUUGUACAAUGGCUACAAGUAUGGGAAGUAUUUCCUCCCCAAUGAUGCCGCAGAGCAAGAUCGGUUGGACUUGCAGCAUCAUUUAUGGUCACUGAUGUUGAACGGAUGGCUCCACAUUGCCCCAAUGUCCAAGGUACCGGAACACGUAUUGGACAUUGCGACUGGUACCGGGAUAUGGGCAUUGGAAUUCGCCGAGCGUUAUCCUACCUCCACGGUCAUCGGCACGGACCUAAGUGCCAUACAACCAGAUCGAGGCUUCCCAAAUUGUUGGUUUCAGAAGGACGAUGCUGAAGAUGAAUGGAUUUUCCCAGCUCCCCACCCACCCGAAGCAAUUUGCCAAGGGCCUUGUGUACAUUGGAUCAAGUUUGAUUAUAUCCACCUUCGAAUGGUGGCCACUUGUUUCAAUGAUAUGCGAGGAAUAAUCCAGAAAGCCUUUGAUAAUCUCAAACCAGGAGGCUGGAUUGAGUUCCAAGAUGGGUCAUUCGACCUGCGCCAGGAAAAUGGCAUAUAUGAAGGAACGCCUCUACAUCGAUGGUCAGAUGGGUGUAUUCGAGGAGCUGCUAUGCAAGGUAGAGACGUGCUGCUUCAGAAAAAGUAUGAGGGGUGGCUCAAAGAGGCUGGCUUAGAUGGAAUGAAAGGGGUUGGUUUCAAGAUGAUGAGCGCAGCAGGAUUUUCUACGGAUGAUAUCGACAACACUGUUGCAGAAGCGAAGGAAUACGUGUCCAAUUGCAGAAAUCAUGUAUACGGAAUAGGCUACGUCGUCUAUGGUCGCAAGCCUUUGGCAGGCGAGAUUAUCAGGUGA